AAAACGUGCACAACAUUCGUAGUAUCUAGCGUUUGUGUGUGUUGAAACUAGAUUGCUGUUUGAUCAUGCCACAGAUUCUUAUAGGCAAAUUACAAUAGAAGAAAGACAUCAUCGACGACUCUCCACGGGGCUGGGCAGUUCUCCGUCAUAUAAUGCCAAGAAUACUUGGCCAUUGUCACGGCCUCACUUGAACGCUGAUAAUUUCCAAUUGAAAGGUUUUCUCCGCUGCCAUCAAGCUGCCCCGCAAUACUGCAGUGCUUGGGUCUCCCAGGAUAUAAGGACUAAACUUUUACCUCCAGAAGCAUUGCAAGCGUCUAGGUAUUUCUCUUCACUGGGUCAAGGGGGGUGUUUAUCGCGAUGUCAGUUCCCCCUCCCCCUGGUCUCAACUAUCUUGCUGCAAUCCAACCAGCACUCAUCGACAUCAUGAUCGGGCAUACUUUUACGGUCAUACUCAUACCCCUCCUUAUUGCGAUGUUCUACUUCUCGAACGAGCAUUCGCGGAAACAGCCCAUAUUUAUCCUCAACGUUUUGAAUGUGUGCCUCGCAUUUUCUGUCGGCAUAAUGGGAGACAGUAGGGCUGUCAAUACCAUGUUAUCACCGACACAUCCAUACCCCGUCUCCUAUGACAUAAUCAUGGGCGCCCUUGGGGCGGUCCAAACCAUCUUUGUCGACACCAUCCUACUCUUUCGCAUUUGUUCUGUUUAUCCGCCAAGAUGUAUCGCAUGGCAACGCUUUGUGGCGUUGGUUUCACUUCCCGUACUACUCAAAGUUGCCCGUAUCAUCAAUCUAUUUCUCUUUAUAGCAGCUCUAAUAAGGGCGGCCAAAGGGCCCAAUGCGGAAGCAGCUUUGGCAGCCCUGUGGGUAUCAGCUCCAUACCUCAAGAUUGAGUGGUUCGCGCAGCUGGUGGAUAACAUAUAUGCAUCUUCUGUAUUCCUCUGGACACUCUGGUCAAAGCGGAAAAAUAAGCACAGUGGUUCCGUCACGGGCAAUGUCAAGCUUUCGUUCAGAAUGAGACUCCAGACGCUGUUUUGGAUUGCGCUUUCAAACUUCACCAUUCCAGCGCUCUUUUCCGUCGCCCAGAUCAUUGUCAUUUACCGCGAAGUAGACCCAGUCGUCAUCAAUCAAAUAAUUCUGGCGAACACGUCAAUUGCGGUUAUCGGCGUCGUCUUCGCAACAGUCUGGGCGGGUUCAGUCAACAGACAGAUCGCUCAAUCGGAUGCCAGACCAGCUGUGGAUGUCGAAAAAUCUGGCGUGAUGCGUUUUGCCACUCGUGGUACCUAUCCGACCCACGACGAAUUACACAUGACCUAUCAACUUCCGGCAAUAUCUGGUCUUCAAGAUGCCAUUUAUGAUGAAUUCGGACAAAGUGACUCGGAGAGAAAUGACUCUUUGAAGUAAAAGCAAGCUCGAGCUUUAGGUCCUUGUGGUGCGCCCAUCUCCACCGACGUCCUUCCGAUGACUCUUAUCGAUGAAUGAUUGUGUUAGCCAGUUAGCUCGAUUGUAUGCCAAAGCAAGAAUCUUGCUAUAUGAUUUUUUGUAAUAACAUGAACCAAGCGGGGCCGCGCUGCAGUCCGAAUGAUU